AUGUCUGAGAAAAGAGAAACAUCAGAUGCUGCUGACUUGUUGUCAUCUUUGACAAUCAAAGCUCAAGCUAAAGAACAAGCUGCACAAGAAGAAGCUGAAUCAAAACCAAAAGUUGAAGAACCAAAGAAAGAAGAAACAAAAGUUGAAGAAGUGAAAGAAGAAGCUAAAGAAUCAGAAGCUCCGAAAGAUGAAGAACCAGACUCAAAUUUAAUCAAAUCCACCUAUGAAGUUAAAGUCAAACUGGCAGAUUUACAAGCUGAUCCAAAUUCUCCAUUAUAUUCAAUUAAAUCAUUUGAAGAAUUAGGAUUGUCAAAAGAAUUACUAAAAGGUUUAUACGCAAUGAAGUAUCAAAAACCUUCCAAGAUCCAAGAAAAGGCAUUACCUUUAUUAAUAUCAAACCCUCCAAGAAAUAUGAUUGGCCAAUCUCAAUCAGGUACCGGUAAAACUGCAGCAUUUUCAUUAACAAUGUUAUCAAGAGUUGAUCCUUCAAUAAAUGGUGUUCAAGCAAUUUGUUUAGCACCUGCAAGAGAAUUAGCAAGACAGACAUUGGACGUUGUGGAAACAAUGGGUAAAUAUACAGGAAUCACCACACAAUUGAUUGUACCAAAUGUUGUUGAAAGAAAUGCCAAAAUUAACGCAAAUAUUCUAGUUGGUACCCCUGGUACAGUAUUAGAUUUUAUUCGUCGUAAACAAAUUGAUGUUUCAAAACUUGCUGUGUUUGUUUUAGAUGAAGCUGAUAAUAUGUUGGAUCAACAAGGUUUAGGUGAUCAAUGUGUUCGUGUAAAGAAAUUUUUACCUAAAACUACACAAUUAGUUAUAUUUAGUGCUACAUUCCCUGAUCAAGUCAGAAAAUAUGCUGAAAAAUUCGUUCCAAAUGCUAAUCAAUUGACAUUGAAACAAGAAGAAUUAAAUGUUGAUGCUAUUAAACAAUUAUAUAUGGAUUGUAAUGAUGAAGAUCAUAAAUUUGAAGUUUUAAAUGAAUUAUAUGGAUUAUUAACAAUUGGUUCAUCAAUUAUAUUUGUUGCUAAAAAGCAAACUGCAAAUGUUUUAUAUAAGAAAUUAAAAGAUGAAGGUCAUCAAGUUUCUAUUUUACAUAGUGAUUUAGAAACAAGUGAUCGUGAUAAAUUAAUUGAUGAUUUUAGAUUUGGUCGUUCAAAAGUUUUAAUUACAACUAAUGUUUUAUCAAGAGGUAUUGACAUUCCAAGUGUUUCCAUGGUUGUUAAUUAUGAUUUACCAACUGAUAGAGAAGGUAGACCUGAUCCUUCAACUUAUUUGCAUAGAAUUGGUAGAACAGGUAGAUUUGGUAGAGUCGGUGUGGCAAUUUCAUUUGUUCAUAAUAAGAAAUCUUAUGAACAAUUGAUGGCUAUUAGAUCAUAUUUUGGUGAUAUAGAAUUAACAAGAGUUCCAACUGAUGAUUGGGAAGAAGUUGAAAAAAUUGUUAAAAAAGUUUUGAAAUGA